CCUUAUCUUCUUCGGUUUAGAGUGAGAGACAGUGCAAUGGCCGCAGCCACAGCAAGUCAUUUGCUGAUGCCUCCAAUACGAUGCUCUGAUUCAAACCCAACAAGACGCGGUUUUGGAACCAAAAACAACACCAACAAGGUACCCACGAAAUCAACAACUAAGCAAUCUGGUCCUGUACCUACUCAGGCACCUGGUUUAAGUUCUCAAUUUGAUGGGAAAUCGAAGAAUAAUUCUUUGGACCUUCAGUUUGAGGAACGGUUGGAAGCAGUUAGAAGGUCAGCGCUCGAGAAGAAAAAAGAAGAUGACGAAAAAGACUUUGGAGCAAUUGACUAUGAUGCACCAGUUGAGGCAGAGAAGAAAACGAUUGGACUUGGUACACAGAUUGGGGUAGGUGUAGCUGUCUUGGUCUUCGGUUUGGUUUUUGCUCUUGGAGACUUUCUUCCCUCAGGAAGUGUUAGUCCCACUGAGGAUGGUGCCGUGGUCAAUAAUAAACUGUCGGAAGAAGAGGAAGCUACUCUUCAGACUAGGCUGAAAGAUUAUGAGGCAACGCUAACUAACUCCCCAAAAGAUCCAAUCGCUCUUGAAGGAGCUGCAGUGACAUUGACAGAAUUGGGAGAAUAUACUCGAGCUGUCUCUGUGCUUCAGGACUUGACUAAGGUGAAACCAAGUGACCCUGAUGUUUACCGUUUGCUUGGAGAAGUCAAAUAUGAACUCAAAGAUUAUGACGGGAGUGUAGCUGCAUUUAAGAUUUCUGAUAUGGUGUCUAAAGAGAUCAACUUUGAAGUACUGCGUGGCCUUACAACUUCAUUACUUGCUGCUAAGAAACCAGAUGAGGCUGUUCAAUUUCUCCUGGGCUCUCGUGAACGACUGAAUUCUCAGAACUCUAAUAGUAAGGUUGAAGAGACAAAUUCACAACAGGUGGACCCUGUUCAAGUUGAAUUACUUCUUGGUAAAGCAUAUUCAGAUUGGGGCCAUAUCAGUGAUGCUGUAUCUGUUUACGACCGCCUCAUCUCUAGUCACCCAGAUGACUUCCGUGGUUACUUAGCUAAGGGAAUCAUUUUGAAAGAAAACGGUAAAGUUGGAGAUGCAGAGAGGAUGUUUAUUCAGGCACGGUUCUUUGCACCAGAGAAAGCUAAGGCACUUGUAGAUCGUUACUCAAGACGGUAACUGCUGUUGUUACUGCCUGUUUUUGUGCAUGGUUCGUUUAUAACUUAGUCUUGAUGUAGUUCCAUUUUGACUAUUGGACUAUUUAUAUCGGUCUCCAAAAUUUUCAUAAGUUCAUUUAGUGUGUCUCUAGAUUGUAUGUACAUGUAUAAGGAUUGGCUGAUAAGGAUAAAACUGUUACCCUGAUUUUCCAUAUGUAAUUUAAAAAAUUAAAUAAAUCAAUAGAAUACGAAAUUUAUUUGUUAUUA